UGCCUUCUUGCAAGCUCUCCCUCCCCACCCGCCCAAAGGGGCCACUCUCCUUGUCUGUUUUUUCUGUCUCUCUUGGUCUCUCUGCACUCUCUCUCUCUCUCUCUCUCUUGUUCUCUGUUUGGGAAUCUGUUUCUCUGCAGCUAUACAUACAAACUAAGCAUUAAGCAACACCCCUUCCUAAGAACAUAGGGAAAGGUUCAAGAAAAAACAGUGGGCAAAAAUUAACACUUUCCCCCUCUUUGCUCAUCAUGCAUUUCUUCACCUAUUAACCCCUUCAUUCAUUUCCCUUGCCUUAAAAUUGUAAGUGGAAGUUAAAGUUGUGUGCUUUCUUCUUCUUCUUCUUCUUGCUGUUCUUUAUUGCAGUACUGAUUGGAUGUGAGAAGUGGCCAUUUUUCACUCUCAAUGGCUGCCUGAAAAGAAUGCCGGUUUAGCAAUGCUUUGCACUGCAAAUGAUUUAUUGGGUUGGAAGGAUUUUCCCAAGGGGCUUAGUGUUCUCCUCCUUGAUGAGGACAGCAAUUCUGCUGCUAAGAUGAGAACGAAACUCGAGGAAAUGGACUAUAUAGUUUCAACGUUCCAAAACGAGAACGAAGCUCUGUUAGCAAUCGCAAGCAAAUCGGUGGAAUUUCAUGUUGCUAUUGUGGAGGUUAAUACUAGCAACAGCAAUGAGGUAUUCAAAUUUCUGGAAACCGCUAAAGAUUUGCCCACAAUAUUGGUGUCAAAUGUCUACUGCCUUAACACCAUGAUGAAGUGCAUAGCGCUCGGUGCUGUUGAGUUUCUUCAGAAACCGCUAUCAGAUGACAAACUACGAAAUAUUUGGCAGCACGUUGUUCACAAGGCAUUCAAUGCAGGAGGAGGAAAGGAUGUCGAAUCGCUUAAACCUGUCAAAGAAUCUUUAGUUUCAAUGUUGCAGCUACGAUCAACGAAGAACGAAGCGAAUACAGCGAACUCCGACGAAACUGAGCAAUCAACCUCGGUGCAGGAAAACAACCGGGACACGUUAUCAUCAGUAUGUGAUAAAUACCCGGCUCCUUCGACUCCAACUCUGAAACAAUGUGUGAGGUCACUUGACGAUGGCGAAUGUCGGGAUCAAACUAACCUCUCAAUGGAACACGAUAGUGUGGAGCACGAUGGGGAAUCUAAAUCUGUCGAAACUACUUAUUGCAAUUCUGUUUCUGAAACUAUUCCCGUGAUUAAUCCACCUGUUAUCAAGCAGGAACGAGAAUCAAGCCCUGAACAGGCGGGGAAGAAUGGUAAUUCUGCUUGUUCAGAGAGUAAGGAUGCUCGUGCCAACGCCAACAGUAGUGAGUGCGGUGAUCCUAAAAAACCGUCUGGUGUCAAUAGUUCAACCGGGACAAAAGCUAAUAAAAAGAAAGUCAAGGUAGACUGGACACCGGAACUACACAAGAAAUUUGUACAAGCGGUGGAACAACUUGGUCUCGAUCAGGCCAUUCCUUCACGAAUUCUCGAAGUGAUGAAAGUUGAAGGUUUAACGAGGCACAAUAUAGCCAGCCAUCUUCAGAAGUACAGAAUGCACCGGAGACAAAUAUUACCAAAAGAAAACGAAUGGAAAUGGCCUUUAUCACGAGAUUCAACGCAAAGGAGUUGUUAUCCACGUAAACCUGUAGUGGCCUUCCCACAGUACCAUUCUGCUCCCACCGUCCCAGCUGGUCAUCAGUUCUAUUCUGCAUGGGCGCAUCCAGGCAGCUAUCCCGGUGCCCAUGUGUGGGGCUCGCCUUACCACUAUCCCGGAUGGCAGCCUACAGACGAUUGGAACUGGCAGUCCAACACGGGGGUUUAUGCUCAAGCAUGGGGCUGCCCCGUAAUGCCACCACAUCAGGGAUCAUAUCCAACAUAUCCUCAGAUAUUGCAGAACACCUCGGGGCAUCACAGGAGUGGCGGAGCACAAGAUAGAUACAGCAUGCUAGAAAACACAUACGAUAUUCAGCCAGCAGAAGAGUUGAUUGACAAAGUUGUGAAGGAGGCAAUAAACAAUCCAUGGCUGCCCCUUCCUUUGGGGCUAAAACCUCCCUCCACUGACAGUGUCCUCAAUGAGCUUUCUAAACAAGGCAUCUCCACCAUCCCUCCACGAACCAACGGCUCAGAUUUGCGCUGACAUGGCAACAAAUUAAACUCCUGUUCCAAAAAUGCAAAUUUGGGCAGCAUGCUCCAAACCCAGAAUCAAGAACUGGCCUGGAUGCAAAUCUGAUGAUCAGCGAGGAAGAUCCACCGUCCAUCCAUCCACAAUCCACCAUUCGCAAUUCUUGGUAAAAAGUUUGAGCCACUUACAUGGUCUUGGUUCAAUUUGUAGCUGUGAUGUAAAUAAACCAUCUUUUCGAGGCCCCUUUUAGCCCAAUUUUGAAACUAUUGCCAUUCCUUUGGUGUUUUCCUUUGGGAUCCAGCCAUGGAAAAUGUAAUAAUGCUUUGGUUGAUCGUCUUUGGGCAGAUUUGGGGAUAAUGGCAUUCAUCAAUAAAUAAAUACUACGUAAAUAAUUUCUGAUCUGAUCUCAAGCAAUGUUUUGAGUUUUAGCUUUGUGGAUUGAGAAACAUACAUUGGAAAACCUUAUUUUA